AUGAGAGAUUCUAGAAUCAGUGAUAAUGAUAAACAAGUUAACAAUAAAAAUAACGAAGAUUCAUUAAACUCAGCUCAAACUAAAAUAGUACCUCCCAAAUUAUCACCAAUUUCAACACCCACGAAAGGCAUUAAACAUAAAAAUGAAAGUAACAUAUUCAAUAAUGGUAAUGGUAAUGAUAAUAACAAGAGAUCCAAGCCGAAUAAUAAUUCAUUUUUGCAGAAAUUAAAGAAUGCAGAAACUGAAUCAAUUGAUAAUACCACUAACAACUCAAACAAUGGUCAUGGUAAAGUAAAUUCACCUUCAAUUAAUUCAUCACCAUCUAGACUUCGAUUUCUUGAACUGAAUUUAUCAUCAUUGAGUCCUAAAAGGCGAAAAAUUAGCUCUACUAAAACUUUUCAACAACUGAAUUCAACUAAUUCACCUAAAAUACCAAAUCCGUUUUCAAUACUGACUAAUAAUAAUGAAAGUAAAGGUACGAAGAAUCUACAACAUCCAGAAAUCAAAGAUCUCAGAUCAAAAGUUGAUAAUGUAGAUCAGAAUGUUACUGGGAAAUCAAAAGAUCAUAAAGUUCAUCAAAAUACUGCUCCAAAAUCAACGAAUAAUCAAAAUGUUGCUACGAAAUCGAACGAUGCAACUGUUGUUCAAAAUGUUACUACAGAGUCAACUACAGCUACAAUUAAUCGGAAUGUUACUAGGAAACCAACAGCUGAUACAGUCGAUCAUGAAGAAAACGACAAUAAAGUCAAAAAUAACGUGAUUAAUCCACCUUCAGUUGACUCAUCACCAUCUAGACUUAAAUUUCUUGAUCGAAAUUUAUCAUCACUUAGUCCAAGAAGAGAAAAAGCCAGUCCUGCUAAAAAAACCAGGCCACAGGGUACUAAAGUAUCAAUUAAAACUUCAAAUCUGAAUAAUGAGAAUGAAAUUACAAAAGAUUUACAACUUCCCGAAAUUGAGAAUAUCAAUUCAAAUCAUGAUAUACUUGAUCAAGAUGUUACUAAAAAGUCAAAAGAUGGUACUGUUAAUCAAAAUUUAGCUAAAAAUACAAAAGAACCUACAAAUCAUCAUCAACAUGUAACUACAAAAUCAAACGAACCCACAAAUUAUCAACAUGAUACUACCAAUUCAAAAGAUCCUACAAAUCAUCAACAAGUAACUACAGAAUCAACAAAACUUAAUCAAAACAUCACUAAAACUGAACCAUCAUCCACAAUUCUACAAACAUCAGCAUUUCAAGAUCAAAACAGCCCAAAAUAUACAGAAUCAGAUAUUCUGCAAUUGCAAAAACAAAUCCUAAGGCAAUUAAACGGAGAUUUUAAAAACCUACAUCAAUCAACCCUAUCUUCAAAAUUUCAAGAGAUGUAUUCAUUAGUUGAAAAAACAGUACGUGAUAAAGAAUCUCAUUCUGUUUUAUUGAUUGGACCAAGGUCAUCUGGAAAAUCAUCAAUUAUAAACCACAUGAUUGAAAAAUUAAAUAAUGAGUAUAAAGAUGAAUUUAUUUAUAUUUAUUUGAAUUCUUUGGUUCAUUCUAGUGAUAAUUCUGCAUUAAGAGAAAUUGCUCGACAAUUAGAUAUUAAAAUCCAAGAAGAAGAUGAAGAAGAAGAUGAUGAAGAAGAAGAAGAUGAAGAAGAUGAAGAAGAACAAGAUGAAGAAGAAGAUGAAGAAGAUGAAAACGAUCACGUACAAGAAAAGGAUGAGGAAGCAAAAGAGAAUGAAGAAGAAGAAGAAGAAGAAGAGGAGGAGGAAGAGAUUGUUUCAACUACCACAUCAGCAUUUGAAAAAAAAUCCAUAAAUGAUACAUUCUCAAAUAUUUUAAAAGUAUUAAAUAAAUCAGGAGAUCAAGAUCGAGUACCACUAAUUUUCGUAAUUGAUGAAUUUGACAGAUUUACAAUAAAUAACAGACAAACAUUAUUAUAUAAUUUAUUAGAUUUAUCACAAGAUAGCUCAGCACCAAUAUGUGUGAUUGGACUAACUACAAAAAUAACAGCAAGAGAAUCUUUGGAAAAGAGAGUAAGUUCAAGAUUCUCACAAAGAAUAAUAGUAAUCAAUCAUGAAAAUGAAUUAGUUACAUUCUGGAACAACGUGAAACUCAACUUAUUCGUCAACUCCACCUCAAUAGAUCAGAAAUAUAUCAAAGAAUGGAAUAAUCAUAUAGAUAAAUUGUAUAACAUGCCAUCAAGUUUCUUAAAAAAGGUGGUACUUCAAAAUUACUACACAAUAAAAGACUACAAACAACUAAAUAACAUUUUUAAAUUCACAGUCCAGAAACUAUCAAAAUAUCAACCAUUUUUAAAUCCAUUGGAUUUUCAUAAUUUCAUAGAACAAAGUAGUAAUGAUUAUCUCCAAGAUCUAAUUCAAUCAUUUUCACAUAUUGAAAUGUUAUUAGUCAUUGCAGCAGCUCGUUGGACCAAAAAAUUCGAGCUUAAUCAAAUUAAUUUCAAUUUAACAUUAGGAGAAUACAAAGAAAUGUUAAAACAAUAUAAUAUAUCAAAUUAUAAUCCGUUGAAUUUUGAAAUGAAAGUUAAUAUUGGUCAAAAAAUCCAAUCCAAUAAAUUAUUAAUUCAAAGUUGGAGAAAAUUAUAUAAUUUGGGUAUUUUAGUUGAUGUACCUAUAAUUGGGAAUAAUACUGACUCGACAAUGUUAAAUGCUCAAAUGGAAAGUAAGACUGUUGCGAAUAAAGAUAUUUUGUUAGAGGAUAAUAAAUUGGUUUUAUUGAAUGUUACACUAGAUGAAUUGAAUAAUUAUUUUGAUGAACUGAAUAUGUAUAAGAAAUUAGUUAGAUUAUGA